AUUUCGCUCUGCGAGGAUUCGUUUCAAGUCUACGAGUAAAUUGUGAAGAUGCCACCGAAAGCAAGCGGAAAAGCCGUGAAGAAAGCUGGUAAAGCUCAGAAGAACAUCAGCAAGACUGAUAAGAAAAAGAAGAGGAGGAGGAAGGAGAGUUACGCUAUCUAUAUUUACAAAGUAUUGAAGCAAGUCCAUCCUGACACUGGAAUCUCGAGCAAGGCCAUGAGCAUCAUGAACAGUUUUGUCAACGACGUUUUUGAACGCAUUGCUGCCGAAGCUUCCCGUUUAGCUCACUACAACAAAAGAUCUACCAUCACUUCUCGGGAAAUCCAAACUGCAGUCAGACUUUUGCUGCCUGGCGAAUUGGCCAAACACGCAGUGUCUGAAGGCACUAAAGCUGUAACCAAGUACACCAGCUCGAAGUAAAACGCCUACGAUUUCGAGUUCAUUCAACCGGCCCUUUUUAGGGCCAACAAUAUUUUAAAACGUAGACAAUUUUGUUUUUACUGAACCCAAUCACCUCCUUGUGUUCUCUGUUUCCUGUAUCUUUAUUUAACUCAUGCAAUUUAUGGAGUACCUAUAAGAAUUGAGCGACGAUAAGUAAUACUUUGAUUUUUUGUUUACGUCAUAGUUGAAACGAUAAGACGAUGUUAUUUGUAGUAAGAAAUACUGUGAAAUGUGAUAUUCUAAGAUUCUAAUUACUGUCAGUUCAGCGUGACAUGCUAUGUAAUUGUCGUUUUGAAGUAAUUUGAACCUCAAAUCUUGAAAUUCUAAGUUAUUUUUUC